CGCUUAUAUAGAGAGGUAGAGUUGCUUGCAGCUCUGGCCAGAAACAAGAUAUAUAGAACGACAUACCAGGACCUUCGCUCGAAGAGUUCAUCAGCAGCCAUGAAGGGCACCAAGCUGGCGGCGAUCCUGAUCCUCGAGGCCGUCCUGGUCAUGGGAAUCCUCUCACACGUGAAAGCCGAGGUGUCCUUUCCCAAGUGCUGCAACAGCUGCAGGUCCUUCUCGGGGGCUGCCUUCUGUGACGACGUGCUGCCCAAGUGCCCUCCCGACUGCGCGUGGUGUCGCGUGGUGCAGGUGCGCCCUGUAAAGACGUUCCGGUGCGCCGAUGGGAAGACUGCCGACGGCUCCUGCCAGCCAUGCAAGAAGCAAUGAUCUACUAAUAUUUUCUUCUUCGUCAAAAUGUUGUCGUUGUCUGCCGAUCGACAAAAGCUUCCGUGAAUAAACACAUGUACUCCCACUGCUCAAUCAAAUAAAAUUUGUUAAGGUAUGAUUCA